AUGAAUCAAACAAGUGCUUGUUCCCCUGGCUUCUUCUGUGACUGGGGCUCCAGUAGUCCUGAGGAGGCCCUCUGUCCAGCAGGUUACUUCUGUCCAGGAGGAACUAGGACCCCCCUGGCCUGUCCUGCAGGGACACACAGCUCAGUGACAGGCAACAGUCACCAGAACAACUGUACAACAUGUCCUGAUGGCUACUACUGUCAGGGAGAAGGGGUCGUCUAUCCAGUGGUCUGUCCUCUUGGUCACUACUGUCCUCCUGGGUUGGCCGUGGGUGUGAAGUUCCCCUGUCCCCCUGGCACAGUGCAGAGCAAGCCUGGAGCCUCCAGCCCGGACCACUGUCUACCAUGCCCUGCAGGGAUGUUCUGUGCCCUCCCUGGGCUCUCCCAGACGACGGGGCCUUGCCAGGCAGGAUACCACUGUCCCCCGGGUGCCAUCACACCCAAUGCUACUGAAUACGAGCAGAAUUCUACCAGUAGUAAUCUGUGCCCCCGUGGCCACUACUGUCCAGCUGGCACUGGCUACCCUCUUCCGUGCCCACCGGGCUCUCUCUCCAGCUCCCUGGGACUGAGGGGCGUAGAGGAGUGCCAGCCUUGCCCCCCUGGGCACUUCUGUGACAGGCCUGCGCUGACCGCGGACGCCGCCCCGUGUAGCGCUGGGUAUGUGUGUCUAGGGGGUAGCUCCAGUGCCCACCCCUCUGAUGGUCUCCAUGGUUACCUGUGCCCCACAGGGCAUCGCUGUCCUGUUGGCACAGCUUCAGAGGUACCCUGUGAGCCUGGCACCUACAGUCCUGCCCCUGGUGCCGCCCACUGCCUCACCUGCCCUAAUGGCACCAUGUGUCCCUCCUCUGCUACCCAAGAACCCUCUCUCUGCCCUGCUGGUCAUUUCUGUCCUGCUCGGUGUGUGUUACCCCUGCCUUGUCCUGUUGGGACCAUCAGUGAACAGACAGGAGCCCCCUCCCCCUCUGCAUGCAGGCCCUGCCCCUCUGGGUUCUACUGCAGCUUGCCCGGCUCCUCACUACCACAAGGCCAGUGCCAGGAGGGCUACUUCUGCCAGCGUGGAGCACCUAGUCCAGCUCCCCAGAGCUCAGCCAUCUUUCCCAGGAACGGGCCCUGUCCUGUGGGCCACUAUUGCCUUUCUGGGACCCUCUCCCCACUGCCGUGUCCUGCAGGCAGCAUCCGAAACCACACCGGUGGGUUAUCCAUAGAUAGCUGCUCCCCUUGUCCCACUGGACACUACUGUUCCAUUGAGGGCCUGGCCUCCCCAAGUGGCCUGUGUGCUGCUGGCUUCUACUGCCCAUUUGACUUCUCCUCCACCACGCCCUAUGCUUUCCUCUGCCCUAAGGGUCACUACUGUCCAGAGGGCUCUCCCCUGGCCCUGCCCUGUCCUACAGGAGAGUACCAGCCCAACCCAGGCUCUGACUCCUGCAUCCCCUGCCGCCCAGGCUUCUACUGUGAGGAGGCCAUUGUUGGAGAGCCCUGGCCCUGCCCCCCUCACUCCUUCUGCCCUGCAGCCACCAUGGUUCCCCAACCGUGCCCCAACGGUACGUUCACCCCUUCUGACCUGGGGGGGUUACAGGAAGAGCGGGAGUGUCUGCCCUGUCUCCCAGGGAGGUUCUGCAGGGCUGGAAAGAUCCAGGGCCGUUGUGCAGCAGGGUAUCUGUGUAUGUCUGGCAGCUAUGAGUUCACACCACAGGGGCCUCACUUCAACUGGAGCCAGUGUGAAUGGGGGAUGCAGUGUGCCGGCCCCUGUCCAGCAGGAUUCUACUGCCCAGAAGGUUCAGAGAAGCCUGAAGUCUGCCCCGAUAAAACUAUCAGAGUUUUACCUGGAGCAGCCAAUAUCCAUGAUUGUCUGCCUUGUCCACCACAGCACUGGUGCAAAAAAGGUGACCCUGUCCUGCACCCGUGUCCUGCUGGUCACUACUGUGAUGGGGUGGUUGGUAGUGACUACGAGGGAGGGACUGAACCCAGGGAAUGUCCGUUAUUUACCUACAGAUCCACCCCCGGGGCAGCCAGCAAGGGGGACUGCCAGCCCUGUCCCCCUGGAUUCUACUGUAACUCUACAGGUCUUACAGAUUACUCUGGCUACCCCUGUCCCCCGGGCUACUGGUGCAGUGGCACUGGUCUACCUAUCCUAUGCCCUGCGGGUACCAUGAGGCCCCUCCCAGGGGCGGCAGUUGGCAGUCAGUGUGAGCCGUGUGCAGGGGGCACCUACUGCCCAGACCCCAUGUCCACAGGGCAGCCCAACAUUGCUGGCAUCUCCUGUAGAGCCUCGUUCCAGUGUCCCCCUGGUGCGGUCUCAGAGAGGCUGUGUAAGGCUGGCUCCUACUGUGGGCCCCAGACUGCAGAGCCUGAAAUCUGUCCUGAAGGCUAUCUCUGUCCAGAGGGAUCUCACACCUACACCACACCAAACCAAGUUUGCACGUUUCCCUACUACUGUCCUGCCAACAGCUCUGCCAUGCUGUCCUGUGAGGGGGGCUCUGUGCCCCUCAACACCAGUGGCCCCAGAGCCUCCCAGGACAGCAGCUGUGGGCUGUGUGAGGCAGGGACCUACCGACCUCGGCUGUCCCCCCACCCUCAGUGCCUCACCUGCCCACCAGGGUACCACUGCCCUCCAGGGACAGAGCACUACCACAGCAACCCCUGUCCCCUGGGCUAUGUGUGUCCGCUGGGCUCAUCCAGUCCUGUCCCUUGCCCCCCUGGUUCUUUUGGUAAUCUCUCCAACGCUGAACACGUGGAGGACUGCCACCCAUGUCCAACUGAUACCUUCAACCAUCUGGCUGCCCAGAGAGCCUGUUUCCCCUGCGGAAGUUCCUCUGCUGCACCCCAAGGGGCCCCUUCCUGCACCUGCCUUGGGAAGAACCGUGCUUUCCAGCACUCGGACGGCUCCUGUCUGUGUCGAACCGGCUUUAUUUUCUACCACAAUCUGGAUUUCAAGAGCUCCAGCUCCGACAGUGAACUGGACUGCCAGCCUGAGGUGAACAAGCGCUGCAGUGCGGGACAGGUGCGUCUGGCUGCGUCCAGAGAGUGUGUCUCACCCUCUCACCACUCCUGUAACAUCACCUGUGGACCUCAGGGAGGGAGUCUGGAUGUGGAAAUGGGCAUCUGCCACUGUGAGCGCUACGUAUCAGCAGAGGAGCUGUGCAACACCUCGUGUCUAUCCAGACUGCCCCACAUCUCUGCCAGGCUCUCCCCAGAUGGACAGCUGCUGCUGGGGAUCAAAGAGCCAGAUGAAAGCCGAGUGUGGAGCAGAAAAAUGCUGGAUGUUUUGGGACCAGACGUCCAUGUGAAGAACAUUGGAAACAUCCACUUUGUUCAAUUUGAUUCUGAAGGUGUAUUUGGUUGGAUUCUGAUGGACCGAAAUGUUAUUGAAAUGACCCUGACAGCGGAGCCAAUCGAAUUUAUUGACAGGCGAUCAAGGAAGAGGAGGGAUCUAGAAUCCAAGGCAGAACUUCUACACUCCGAUGUCCUCCCUCGUAUCCCCAACCCCAUAGCAUGCCUCUCCUCCAAUGACAUGCUCAUCUUCCAGCUUACCAUCAACUACAAUGACCGUCACCUCAGCCACUUCCCAGUGUAUCAGAAAGACCAUCUCUUCAAUAGCAACCCUAGCUGGGACUUUGGGGCCUUCCGGCGGCUAGAGCGACUCAUGAAGCAGACUCAGUUCAACUCGACCAGAUUUGCACACGUGUUCUCGGAGACGGGGAAGUAUGUGUUCCUGGACAACGCCAUUCCAGAGUGGAGUCUAGUGGUGGUGGUCAGUGAGAGAGGGACAGAGUGUGACCCCACUGCAGCCGUUUUCCAGCCCAUGACCCCCGCCCAACUGGUCAAGCACGGGGUCAUCAAACAACACCGGCUCAACCUGCUGCCUGACUGGGGCGCCAUCGUAGGUGUCCUGAGUCUCCUGCUUGUGCUGAUCCUGGUGCUCACCACCACAGCUCUGGUUCUGAAGCCCAGUCGGGCCAAGCUGGUGUGCCAGGGCAAACUGAGGCCUAAGUGGCGGAGCCUGGGAGAGCCCAUCCCUCCAGUGGAAUACGUCUACAGUGGAGAAAGCCUGAAUGGCCAGGGGGUGCUGGGCUGCAGGGGAGUCGGAGAGGGGGCUGAGGCUGAGGAGCCUGCAGUCUGCCGUGGAGGAGGAUACAUGACUGGGAAGUUUGAGCUGGAGGAAUUCAACGUGAAAACUCUCUACGACAAGCUGGAGGAUCAGAACCUGCAUUUGGCGUCCCAGCUGGCCAGGCACCGCAAGGACACCCAAGAGUUCUACCGAAAUAUCUGUCAACAAACAGAUGCGCUAAGGGAUGUUCUGGAGAACAUGGAACCCAAAAAGUUGGGUCUGUUGAAAGAGCUACUGGAACGCGAUGCCUUGCAGAAUGAUCCAUACACCAAUAUGGAUGCAGACGGGGAUGGGCGUAUCCAAUCAACAAAAGAGCCGUCAGUGGUGCUGAUGGGAGCUGUAGUCAGAGCUUUGGAGGCAGUCCUGUACAGACUUAGCGGAGAGAGCUGGCAGCAGCAUGACAUGACCGCAGCACACUGCCACGCAGACACCAGGGAGUGUGAGCUGCACACAGGCUACACACAGUUUUCCUCAGCCAACAUGACCAAACCUGCAUCAGGCCAUGAGACAGGACCACCACCUCAUGAUCUAGUACACCUACAGAGCACAGCCCCCUGUCUGAGUGAGCAGGACCUGUCCAAACUAGUGGCAAUGACCCCUCUGUCCAGGACCUUGCAGGAGAUACAGGAGUCCCUCCAGAACCUAUCUGGUGUAGACAGAGCCAGUACUGACAAGACCACAGAGGACCCAGCAGUGCACCUGAUUCCCGUUGCCCUGGACAACCUCUCCCCACAGCACUUUGCCAUCUUCCUGUUCGGCUGUCAUGUUGUGAAACUGCUUUGCAACACCCAAAUAUUUCCCCCUGUCAUGCUGCUUCUGUCCAAAACGGUUCCUGUAUCAGCCUACGAGGGCCUGGUGUCACACUGCAGUGGGGACUUUCAUUUUGACACCACCAACCAGAUUCUGUAUCUCUGUGAGGCAAAGCUUGAGAGUGUGGGACAGUUUAUUGCCACUCUCCUACAGUCUAUGGCCUAUAUUGCUUCAGGUUCCAAGCCUGAACGCUUCAUGCAAGUCCUCCAUCAUGCCAUCUCUGCUUUGAGCCUUCAGCUGUUCAACGCCUCUUUCAGAUAUGAUGCAAACAAGGCGGAGAGGGACACCUCACUGACCUCAGACCAGUCUCCUGGGAAGUUAGUAGAGGACUUUCUCAAUGUCCGUGUCCCCACUGAAAGCCAGUUCACAGAGCACCUCUUGUCAGACAGACUCCAACGAUAUAAGUAUUUCAAUGUGGAGCAAAUCGUGUGGGAUCUUAAGCAAUUUCCAGCAGAGGACACUGAAAAGGGACCUUCUCAACAAUGUUUAAGAACACCUGUCCAAGCUCACUGUUUGGAGAAGGAGAUGGACCAUCUGAAUGAGGUUUUCCUGCAGCUCAGCGUUCAACUCCAGAAGAGGACCCAGGGUGCAACACCCGAGAAGGCCCUGAGUCGUAAUGGAACAAUGAUGUUAGAGCUGAAGAGACAGUAUGUAUCCCAGAGGCUCGACGAGCUGCAAAUCAUAUUAAAUGGGAUGAGCCGGCGCCAGCUAGACGGCCAGAGUCCAGAGGAAGAGGAGCAGACCCGAGAUCACCCACAACCAGAGCCAGACAACUAUAGAUCAGACGGUCAGGAGGAACAAGUUCAUUCUCCAGUCCAGGUGGACCUAGACAGCAGGGUACCAAAGAACCAUAAACUAGAAAAUAACCAGAGCCCGUACAAUCAGGAAGUAGAAAGCCAGGGACCAAGCAGUCAGAUGACAAAUAUGGGUAAAACAGGCUUCAGAGAACUAGAUGUAUGGGAAUAAGUCAGUUAAAAGCAUGUGACAAUGGGAUACUGGUUGUGUGGUUUUGGUGUGAUUUGUCUCGUGAUUUUGUAGAUUACAUGUACAGUUUAGUGUGAAUAAUAGAUGUAUAAUAGGUUCGUCACAUCUGAUUUAAUCAAACUGAUCAUUUUCAUUGGAGUGAUAUUUAUUAAAGAUAUGAAUUGUGCUUUUACCACAAUGUCACCAGGUAGAGAUACUUUCCAGGUCCAUCCCCCUCCAUGUCUUUCAGGCUUCAGCCACCGCUGUCAAAUCAAAACAUCGCCGUCUCAUUGGGUGACCAGUCCGCUCUGGCGCCUGCUUCUCUUUGUUUCAAACCCAAACAUCUUUGUACGAAGUGACCCAGAUCCUUUCAGGAGUAUUUAUGAAUAUUUUAUUACACAAUAUUCUUUCGUCCGUUUAUGGUCCUUUCCGUCUCUCUCUCCGAGCAGCGGUAAAUGUAUCAGCAUCACUCCAACCCCUGGACCCGUUCCAAGCUGAGUAAUCAAGACAAUAUAAGUGCUGCAUGAUAGUUCAUCCACAGGGCACUCUGCUAAUAGAAAAGGAGUAUUCCUACAGGGGGGUGGGCUUAGACUGUGAGCAGAUUGAGGAGGUCAGCUGGACCAAUCUUCAAAGGCUGUUAGUAUCAGUUCCCACGACUUGGUGACAAGUCCCGGGUUAAAGUGGGGUGAUUCCCCAUAGACGGUUCCAUUGCCUGACAGCCCCUAUCGUGGAGAUUAGAAACAAUGUCUCACUGAAUAUCAUAUCUCACACCACCCACUAUCUGACUACUUGUCAUACCUCUCUCAGCUGGCACUGGCACUGUACUCUUAGAAAAAGGGUUGCCAAAGGGUUCUUUGUGGAGGGGUAAGCCGAAGAAGCCUUUAUGGUUGUAGUUAGCACCUUUUCUUCUGAGAGUGUAAACCAGCAUACGUCUUUCUCGUGUAAGGAUUUGCAAUGUGUCAGUAUUAUUUCUGCUCUAGUUGCUUAAACAACGACUACAAUAUGUUAUUUAUAGAAAGGAAAGCCCUGUGUAUGUUUUUGUCCUCAGGUUGGCAUGAUGUUACCUUUUGCCAGCUGCUAGUGGAGCCCACAACUGUUCCUGUCCCAUCACUGUCUGUCGAUAACAAAUGGAUAGCUGCAAUACAGAGUGCAUGAUACAAACACAAAAUACUUGUUACAAAUGUUAUUUGAACUUGUUUGGUCAUUAGUGUUUUGUUUGGAGCAGCACACAUUUUUGGAGGAAAUGCAUUUGAUAUGGAAGAUUUUAUCAGGAUCCCAUGGAUACAGACUCACUAAGUGUUGCUAUCUGAUUUAUUUGGGGGGCGGGGGAUACUGCUGUGUUACAUACAAUUAAAGAGUUAUAUUUGUUGCAGUUAUAAAAUCUCAUAUUGUGGUACAUCAAUAUCAGUAAUGCCACCCAAAAAAUGCUCCAUAACAUAGAUCAAACCCCUUCAAAAUCUAGCCUCGUCUUCAAAUAGGAUUGUGUAACCCCCAUAUGCAUGUUUGUAUUGAACAUCUGUACUACACUACUGGGGAUAAAUAUAUUGUCUACUUUUCAUUAAUUCAGCACUGAGUUUCAUUAAUUAAAACGUUUCUAUAGUUUCUGGACAGAUUUCACGGUUAAGUUCCAACAUUUUCCAUCAGUGUCCACAUGCUGUAAUCAUGUUGUAAUCUUGAAAUCCCUCCAAAUCCCUGGGAAUCUGUUGCCCCGGACGCUAUGAGGUAGUAAACACAGGCCAAUAGUUUAACAAAUGUAAACGUUUGAACAAAGCGUUUUAA